CUGCGGGCCACUGCGGGUUGCCUACCUUACCUUCCUUCAACCAUUUUCAUUUUGCUGGAGUGGAGGAGUACUUCAACUUGAUUCUGUUAGCUUUACUUUAUUUACUUCCUUAGAUUCGGGUUUAACUUUGAGUUAUGCUUUUUUGAUAACAAUGGCGGAGAGUGCAGAGGAUGCUGCAAUGGAACCAGAAUUAAUUUUAGACCCAGUUAAGGUGGAGCCUGAGAGCAAGGAUUCUCUGUGCCGUCUCUGUGCUUGCAGUAGUGAACUGCUAAUCCCAAUUUUGGAGGGAGAAGGCUUAGAAAACAGUCUUGCUGAUAAAAUAGAAAAAUACCUUCCCAUUCAGGUCGCCUUUCAAGAUCCUCUUCCACUUCAAGUUUGCUUUCACUGUGCUUCCACAGUGAUCUCUUGGCAUGAAUUGAGUACAUCUUGCAUUGAUGCACAGCAUAAACUUCAAGCUAUGUUUAGUGAGACAACCAGCGAGGCGCCAGUGUCUCCUGCUGCCUCAAGAGAUUAUGAUGCUGAUAUUUGUGAAGACAUUGUACCAGACACAACUGAUUUGGAAACUAGUGGUCCUACUUCACCAGACAUUCAAAAUGCAUUCAAGGAACAUUCAGAGCAAGUUCAAGAAAUAGAUGACUCUAAAAUGGACACAGGUGUGCACCAAAAAGGAGAAACGGAAAGGUCCAUAGCUGAUGUUACUGAGGAAAACAAAGUUAUGGUGUGUUUGGAGAGGAAGGAGGACUUCCUAUCAGUAACAGAAAUUGAAAAGCAAUCUCAGAUUGAUCACUGUUACUCGCGAGAAAAACAAAACACUAGUCAAAUUGAUGUCAAGUCUCAACAAGAAAGAAGUCGAAUUCCCAAACGACUGUCCAAUAGGCUGAUUCUACCACGUCCUAUCUUGCCACGCCCUGCUGUUAAUUUUGUCCAAAAUCCUCAAUUUAGCAAAGCAAACAACUUGAAGAAUAUUGUUCCCAAACCUCAGCAAACCUCACCACAAAUCAUCAUAGUUAUGAACAAAACUGAUAAGCAAUCAUCAACAGCAUUGCCUUUCCAGCAGAUUCAGAACAGUGCUCCAAUUAGUGUGGGGCCAAAACGGCUUUUAGCUGCCAAGCCCAAGAAUGCUGCAUUUCCCAUUCUUCCUGUUGUUCCCUUUUCUAGUUCUCACGGUACUUUGCCAAAGCUUACAAAGCUUAAGGAUCUCACGGUAACACGAGUCCCAGUUGGGGCUCCUAAGAAGUCUCCUGUGAAGAUGGCCCCCAAAGCCUCUGUAACCAUUGUUAAAGGCGGGAGCUAUCACUGCAAAAUUUGUUCUGCUAAAUUUAUGAAUGAAAUGGUAUUUAAGAGGCACAUGUACCUCUCACACAAUGUUAAGAAGCAUACAUGUGUGUAUUGUCAAAGUGCUUUUGGCACAAAGAUGGAUCUUCAAUUCCAUGUGAGGCAAGCCCACAGGACCAUUACCAGAAAUAUAACUCAGCACUUCUGCAAAACAUGUAAUGCAGCAUUUGAUAAAGCAAUUGACUUACGAGUUCAUAUUCGUGAUCAGCACCGAAAAACUUUCUCUCGCUUUGAAGAUGUUAUACAAAACAGGAAAAAGAUUUUAGGGGUUGCUAUAACUGACAAAGAAGCUGAAAUGUUGAGGGAGUGCCAUUCACGAGUGGACAACAAGGAUGUGUAUAAUUGUUGCGUAUGCAAGAAGUCAUGGAGCAAUUUGGAGAAAAUUGUGGCACAUGUUAGAACUCAUACCAAAGAGCAACUAUAUGCGUGUGAAACAUGUGGUCAGCGGUUUAACACAAAAGGUGUUAUGCAUCGUCACAUGCAAAUUCAUAAAAAUGUUAAGCCAUAUGCUUGUGACUAUUGUGACAAAGCAUUUUCCUCUAAACAAAAUCGUGAUGACCAUCAUCGUCUCCAUACCAAGGAGGUUAAAACUGUUUGUGAAUCUUGUGGGGAAUUUCUAACUAGUGCAUCCAUGUUGUAUUAUCAUCGUAAAAUCCAUUCUGGUAUUAACCCAUACAAAUGUCCGUAUUGCGACAAAGCAUAUUCUAUUAGAUCUCUCCUCAAGAGACACAUAAGGUACCAUACAGGAGAAACUCCCCAUUUGUGCUCGGUGUGUGGACGUGGAUUUAAGACCUCAGGUCAGCUUCGUGGGCAUUCAGCAGUUCAUACUGAUGAGCGUCCAUUUUCUUGUGAUGGAUGUGGUGCCACAAUGAAAACUAAAAAAUACCUUAAUAGACAUAGAGCAAUUUGUCCCACUUUACAAACUAAAGCUAAUGAUGAAAAUACUGUUUCUAAAGCUGUUGAGGAACUAAACAAGUUAAGUUAAAUGACCAUCUGCUUUUAAAUCUAGCACAGCAUUAGAACCAAUUAGAACUGUGUGAAAAUGUGUCAUAGGGCGUAAUCCAAGUGUAACCAAUGCUUUAAUAAAUUUAAAAAAGUUUUUCUUUCA